CAGACUGAGUGAGAGAGUGGACAGGCGACUCAUUUCGCUGUACGAAGUUCGCAGGAUUUAAAUUUGUUUACACGUCGUGUAUCUUGUAUACAUCUUAAGAUACUGUCGACACAUUAUACCUGCGUUUGAAGGGGGGGUUUUCCAACACCUGAGCCAGAAGAAGUCGAUCCACGGCUUCUCUUGGAGCACCGUGCGCCGAGGUGAAUUGAUGUUCGACUCGGCUUCACGGCAAAACGGCUCUUACUUUUGGCACAUGAGAACUCCAAAACUUUCUGGACUGAGACGAACAGAGAGAAGUGGACCAACGCCUACUUCGAGGACCUGGAGCCCUAUCGGAGAGGAGAAAUUAAGAGAGGAAGAAAUCCGUACACUCUACUUUUUAACAACAAAGAGGUGACCCCGCCUUCGACCGGAGCAUGGGAGGCGGAGAGAGAUACAACAUUCCAGCGUCGCACCCGGAGCGCGGCGUGUCCAAGAAGGCGCCGCACCACGGCGGCGGCAAGCAGCGCGGCCGCGACCAGACGGGCCCGAUGGCGGUGCGGGGGGCCGCGGCGGGCGGCGGCGGCGGCCGCAAGGCCGAGAAGGGCGGCAAGGGCGCCGGGGGCUGCCUCUGGGCCCCGGAGGGGCGGCAGGCCGCGCCCUCCGACAAGACCUCGUCCGCCGUCCGCUUCGCCGCCUACAACCAGAGCUGGGACCGCGCCGUGUCCCACCUGAACACCCUGCUGGCGUCGCGGUGCGUCGGGCCCGCCUACGCGGGGGCCAAGUUCAGCGAGCCCCCGUCCCCCAGCGUGCUGCCCCGGCCCCCCAGCCACUGGGUGGCCCUGCCCCUGCCCACCAGCUGCGACCACCGGGAAGCCAUGGCCUUUCAGCUCAAGAGCCUCCUCAAAGUGCAGGCCUGAGGGGGGGGGGGGGGGGGGCCCGGCUCCCUCGUCACCUGACCCUUUUACCGAUACAAGCCAAUGUGAGGAUGGAGACCUUCCUCGCCCCCCCCCCCCCCCUUUUACCCGGGAGCGGCCUGCCUGCCAGCAACACUGCCCUGCUGUAAUACGGAUUUAAUCCUUUUUAAAAUGUAAUGUUGUUAAUGAUAAUUUUAAAGUCUUCAAGAGUGGAGGGGUUUGGGCUGGGGCGUGUGGUAGAGAGGUGUGCCCACCCGGUUCAUCCCCCUCUGGUUUUAUUUUAAACGCUAAAGCGCGAUUACAGCAUUGGAGCCUUGCUGGAGGGGAAGUCCUGUCGAGGGGGGGUGGGGGGGGUGGGGGCGGUUGUGUUUCUGCGAUUUGAUUGAACUGGAUUUCGAUGCGUUUUUGCUCUUUCGUUUUUUUUUUUUUUUUUUUCGUUUUCUCCCCUUUUCUUUGGCCGUUUUGUGAACCUCCAUUAAUUUUCUUCCUAAUCAGGGUUGGGGUGGGUUAUGGGAGGGCUGGGGGUUUGUUUUUUUUCUGAGCGGUUCUCUUAUCCCUUUAGCGUCCACGGUAACGCCUUGUGGGCGCCCAGCUUUACACGCUCUGAAACAGGGAAGCCAGGAGGCAUCUCCUGGCCAAAGCACAGGGGUGACUGACUUUAGUGUGUUUGACUUGAACAGGGCUCAAAAUGUAGAUUGUGUUUUUACUCUUUGACAUGUGGGGGUGGGGGGGGGGGUGAAUCCAAGCUAUAUGACAAUGUUCUGUGGGGCGAUCAGAAUAACUGAAUGUGGAUGAACUAGCUAUAGUGAGCACAGGUUACACUUUAAUCCUCAAACUGAAGUCUGAGUUCAGACUUGCUGUGGCGCACGGACCUCGUACCUCCAACUCUUGUAAAAAAAAAUUGUCUUUGUUUUUCUUCUCAAACUGCGCUGUGCGCAAUGCACUAUGGGAGUUUAGCACGUACAAGGUCCGUAAGCUUUCUGUAGGAGCAUGUUCAAAGUCCCAUUUUCAUUCAGGUUGUUGAUCAGAGUUGUAUGCAUUAGUGUGUUUACCAAAGGUUUUUUUUUUUUUUUUUUUUUUUCUUUUGUAAAUUCUUUUUGUGUUUUAUUUGAGAAAUUUUUACACCAUCAGACUACGGCAACAAGUGCCAAAACGAGCCGUGUCGGUGGAGCAUUGUGGUGAAUCCGGUCCUUUGUGAAGCAUUAUGUUGAACGCACACAAUCAUAUUUGUGUCGGGAUUCGGCCUCUCCCACCCCGUCGUGUCUUCCCCCACCCCCCCCACCCCCCCCAGACGCUUUCCGAAAGGGACAGACAGCAGGCGCUGCGGAAGGGGGCCGCCUACACUCCUCCCAGGGCAGCGAGGGCCCUGAUAUUUUUAUCUUCGCCCUGUUGCCCUGGGGCGGGGGUGGGUGUGGCCCUGCGUGGCUGUCUGGUCAUUUCGGGGAGGGGGAGGGGGAGGGGCGGGUGGUGUGAGAGCGAGAGAGGGGGGGCGGAGUCCGAUUCCGAGGCUGCACGACUUUACACAAAGGACUUGACGUUGGGUGUGAGCCCAUAGCGAACUUGUUUACAUAUGGAAAAAAAGGUCCCCUGUCUCCAGGCUGGCCCGCCAGCAUGCUCUCGUUACUGCCUUUGAGCACCUGUGUGUCGCCCCUUGCACUGCUGUUGGUCUCAUCUUUGAUGACCUCAUCUAGAGGCUGCACUAACCCCCCUUCCACCCCCCCCCAACCACCUGCCCUUGUUCCUUUCAGUCUGACCUAGUUUUGAGCCUUCACAGCUAAGACGAGACGGAGGGUGCUCUUGAUCUCCCUUUCUCUCUGUGAAAAUCCUAAGCAAUUGUGGCCAUUCUUUAUUUUUUUUUUCUUCCCUUUUUACAUUUUUUUUUUGAAAAAGAAAAAAACAACUGAAGAGCAUUGCGAGUCUCGUUUUAAAAAAGAAAAAAAUAGAAAGAAAAAUAAGUAAAGAGCCAUGUAAAUAAUGAACUGUAAAACUUGUAGCAUAUGUAUAUUUUGCAGGGCUGUUUUAAACCUGCAUUGAUAAAGUAUUUUUAGUAAGAACACUGAAUGUAAAAGUCACGCUGAGGACGUGGCUUGAUUUCAAAUGCUGAAGAUUAUUUUUGUUAAGAAAAAAGAAAAAAAGAUUGCAGGAAAAGUAUGUCUCAAAACCCCCAUGCACUGUGUAGAGGAAGCAGUGAUCUUGCACAUGUUUUUUUAUCGUUUUGAGACAUGUUUUUGUAUUAUGUCCAGUGUUGAAACAUGCUUUAAGAAGUCAUUGUUAACAAUGGAAAACAAAAUUGGAUUUUGAAAAGGGAUUUUUUGUUUUUGCAUGUACAAACGGUGUUAAAAUGUGUUUUAGCCAUUUCCUUUCAUGAAUUUCCAAUUUCCUUUUAUGAAUUGCACAUCCUUCAUUUGACGCCUCUGCAGUUAACAGUUGGAAAGUUGUUGAUUUCCAGCUUGGCUAGUUUUGAAAGGUUUUAUUGUAAUCGUCCUAUGAGUAACCUCUGUUACGACUGAAGCCAAGAACUUGUUCCAAACAUCAGCUGUACUUCCGCCAGUUGAUCAGUGGAACUGGUUUUUGUUUUUCCUUUUUGGUUUUUGAAUAACUUGUCAUGUUCAGUAUUCUCACCUGUAUAUUUCUGCCUUUUUGUUGUUCAGGUUAUGCGUUUUAAUCUUAUUUGGAUAUUGUUUCUGAUGACUGUUUGUACAUGUAAAAGCAGCCCUUUUCCUAAAUUUGAAACUCCCUCGAGUUUCACUAAUUGGCUGCCAAUUUGUCCCUCUUAUCCUUUGUCACUAUGAAUAAGCUAUUAAUGUGCCCAUAAAAAAAAAAACAAUUUGCUUGAAAAAAAAAAACCAAACAAAAAAAAAACCUCAAAGCACUAAAUUCAAUUGGCCAUUUAAAAAAAAUAAUAAACUCCCUUUCCUUUUCCCCCAAAAA